AUGUUGGUCCACAACGCUGUCUUGGCUGAAGAGAUUUAUGCCCUCAACGCCAUCUACGGUGAAGGCCUCAUAGUUGCGACCUUUUCCGACGCCCACCACACCACAGUUUCCAUCAGACUUCCCGCAUUUAGCUAUUCCUUCCUGCUUCGUGUCCUCGGCGACUAUCCUCGCUCGCCUCCGCAUGUCCUGGGAGUCGACAACCUCGUGGAGAGCACGAAGCAAGAAGUCCGGCAGAAUAUCGUCUACUUGGGAGCCUGCGUCCGGGCUGUCCAUCACCCGGAAAAUGUCUGUCUGUAUGACGCCAUCGAGGAAUUCAAGGUCGUGCAUAAAGCUUUGCAAGCGCAUAACCGUCAACCCGAAGAUGCAGAUGAGGCCUCCCAGCUCAAAAGCGCACGGAGAAGCACCAUUCUGAGAGACUUGGCCAUUCGAGCCAGCGCAAAACAGAUCGAUCCAGGAAACCAAGAAAGUGCCGCUGAGCAUUCACCGUUCGAUAUAGUCGGCUGUGCGGUCUGCAUGGAACCGUUCUUCAGAGUCGACGUGGUAGACUUGAAAUGUCGCCAUUCAUUCUGUCUGGAAUGCCUUCACGGCAAGUUUUGA